CACAAGAUAAACGGAUUUUCUCACUGCUGCCUGCUUGAGCAGAGUGUAAUUGUUGAGUUUUAGCAAGAAAUAAGUUGUUUAAAUUGUUAUUAGAUUCCAAAUUAUUAAAAUUUGAUUCUAAGCUAGUAAUUUUCGAUCAGUGUGAAUAUUUGUGGUGGAAUUUGUGUGAUUUUUACCGACUACAGAGUGAAAAGAUUCCGUCAGUGGUUGUUUGCAUUGCAUUGUUUGGUGUGACGCGAUUUUUGCUCAACGGCUGGUUAUGUUUGUUUUGCCGGUUUCGCAGUUGGAAUAUUUUUGUUAAACCUACAGGAAUUGCAUGAAUUUAAACGUCCAAUGGAUAUUUAUACCGAGAGCAGCGGUGUUGAUUCAUCACCUGAUAUGAAUUCAAGCGUCGAGCUACCAUCACCAGAUCGAUCCGCCGUGUUACCACGGAAGCUGACCUUCGGUGUAUCGCCGGAUGGAGAUAAUUUGGAUGAAGAUUACCGACGAGCAGUGCUGACGGUCAGCCCCCGAAAGCAACCAUCUGUCUCACCACCUUAUCGAAAGGUACGAGCAUUGCGGUUGUUUGAUUCUCCGGCUACUCCGAAAACAAUCAUACAAAAAUCAACAAGUAAAUUCAUGAAACCACUCACCACUGUAGCCACCAAAGACACGGAGUUGUUAGCAAAACCAAUCGAUGGAAAUCGAUCAAUUUAUGAGAAACCAAAAGCAGUUCCAUUGCAUCGUAGUUGUGACAAUAUGAUUUCAUCGGCAAAUGUCAAUCCAUUUACACCACCGGGGAUGUUCAUUCGAACGAAAAAACGUACUCGUUCCGGGCAGGACGGGAACGACAAUCUUCUAAGUACAAGCUUUCCCAUUGUUAUCCCUUGCAGCAACGUCAAUCAGCCACCAACGCGACAAAGUUGGGGUUUUUUCCAGACACAGAAAAUGGUUAAUGAUACGCUUAGAACAUCUAGUUUACUGGAAAAUGAUUACGGCGAGAUACGACAAGCUCCGAAGCGUUUGGCACUUCAAGAUUCAAACAUCUCCCGGUAUGAAAAAGAGUUCCUUCAGCUGUCCCUGCUUGGUGUAGGAGAAUUUGGUGAGGUCUAUAAGUGUAUAAAUCGGCUGGAUGGAUGUGUGUAUGCGAUUAAGAAAAGUAUUAAGCCGGUAGCGGGGAGUUCCUUUGAAAAGACAGCGUUGAACGAAGUCUAUGCGCAUGCUGUUCUGGGAAAGCAUGACAAUGUCGUACGAUACUACUCGGCAUGGGCGGAGAAUAAUCAUAUGCUCAUACAGAAUGAGUUCUGUAACGGGGGAAGUUUACAAACUUUGCUUCAAGAAAGAUCACUUAAAGAACCGGAACUACGAAUGCUGCUACUGCACAUUGCCGAAGGGUUAAAAUACAUACAUUCAAACGAUCUCGUGCACAUGGAUCUGAAAUCUGGAAAUAUUUUCCUCACCAAAGUGCCCAUCCGGCCGUCUUGUUUCGGAUCGGUUUAUCACCCCGACAGUACCGACGACGGUUUCGAAGACGUCUAUGAAGAUGUAGAUAACGAAUUCCUAACAACAUUUAAAAUUGGCGACCUCGGCCACGUUACUUCGGUGAACGAUCCGCAGGUGGAAGAAGGUGACUGCCGCUACCUACCGAACGAAAUUCUGCAGGAAGACUUUUCCAAUUUGCCAAAAGCUGAUAUUUUUUCGCUGGGAAUCACGCUGUAUGAGGCUGCCGGUGCAGGUCCUUUGCCAAAGAACGGUCCCGAAUGGCAUAUGCUGCGUAAUGGAAAGUUCCCUGAUUUGUCCGGUCUCAGUCAGGAGUUCAACGAACUAAUUAAGUUAAUGAUGCAUCCCGAUCCAGAAAAGCGACCGUCCUCUUCCACGAUUUUCAACCAUCCAGUUCUAUCACCGCUAGAUUCCAAAAGCAAAGCCCAACUGUGUCUGGAACUAAACAUGGAGCGGCAAAAGAAUGAAGUAUUGAUGCGAAAGUUGAAGGAACAGAAUAAAAUGCUUAAAUCGUACGAGCAAGCGCAAACACCAAAUACUCGUAAAUGUCGACCCAACAGCUCCCGGGAACUUACCGUUUCGGAUCGCAAACUACGGUCCUACUCGCGCAAGAAGCGUACGACGAAUCUCAUCACCACGCGCCGAGGAAUCCGCGACAACAGCAAGGGCAAAGAAUAUUGAGCUCUGAACAGUCGGGCGAAUAUCGCCAUCUAAGAAACAGGCCUUCGUUGUCACCUAGACCAACCGGGAGGACACGUUCAUUAUAUGAAUGUUUGGAGGACAUCCGAAACAUGCAGCCUUAGAAGUUACACCCGAUGAUGACCGAGCAUCAACGAUUGCAACCAUUGCGGAAAGCAAAAUGUUUCUCUCAGAUAAUCGAUGGUUAUAUAGUGGCACGCCAGUAACCGUACAGUACAGUGGUUUGAAACAGAAAUCGUUAGCGAUAGGGUAAUUGAAUCUAUAUUCAUCUCAUCUAUUUGAAACUUUGGCUUCCAUGUAAUGCAUUAGCUCGAAUACUUCCAAUAAUAAGGCGCUCGAUCACGCAAGUCAGUUGUCGUUUGUUCGAACCGGACCUGGAAGGAUGUUUAGUGUGCGUAGGAUCAUAGCCAUGCAAUUGUCCCGUCCACGAAAUUUCCAAUGUUACCACAUUCUUCAUACAGAGUUGUUGCGAUGAAAAUUACAACACAAUCCUUUGUAGUAGAAAAAAUGUAACGCCUCGAUCAAGGUACACUAAUUAAAUGCCGUUAUAAUCUUACUGGUUAAAUAACCGAGUUCUACAAUACAAAUAAGGCAUAAGAGAUUCUCGGAUAUACGGUAGCAUAAAGUAAUUCAUCACUUCAAUGCAUCCGUCCGUUACCUGCUUCAUGUUUCAAGCGACCAUUUGUUUUAAGUUUGGUUCACCACUAAAGAACCUAAUUCUUGUAAGAGGUUUCGGAGGUUUCAAGCGAAAGCUAUAUUACUGUCGUUUGUAUUCACUUCGAUUUGGGAUGAUUUUUGUUUUGAUAAUAUUUAUGUCAAUUUGAUCAGAAGUUUGUAAAAAGAAUAAAAUUCAAGGGCACUAAUACAUGCUAGUGAUGUCACGAGUCGUUCACCAGGUUCGUAGCAAAGAGCGAUCGAACCACGGUUCUUCAAGCUAGAAACGCGUUUCUCCAGAAAAUUUAUGUCUCUCUGCUUUUAAAUAUGACUCAAGCUAUGAACCGGUGAUCAUCCGACCCGCCGUACAAAAUUGACAUCUAUGAUUCGUUUAGUCUUGAGUCGCGACUCUCAUGACAAGCCAGAACUAUCCACCUUAAACGGCAACUCAAAAUACAUCCCAGUUCGAGAAGUGAGACCGAAAAUUUAUUAUUUUUUAUACCGUUUAUUUAUAACCGGCUCUACCCUGACUAUGGUCAUUCGCCGGGAGUCUGUCAUCGUGCCAUUUGUGUAUUGACGAGGGCUAACGUGGUUGAUUCGAGCCAGCGCUGAAAUUUUAUGUAUUUCUUUCGUGUAUUCCCAUGACUCUCACUCUCUUCAACUGCUUCGCUACAUUGACAUUUAUUGUGAAAUCGGUUGUUCAAUUAAACCGGCGCAUACCCAAGAGCGCUCCGUUCAGAGUCGCUCAUUGCAAUGAUCCGUGUUGUCUGUCACACUAUCGCAUGCAAGAAAAGAAUUUGAAAAUCGAAAUAGUAGUUUAGCAAGAAUAUCGGUACGAUUAAGUUACAUGCAAAAUUACCUAAGGAUUUAAAGUUUUGCAUUACUGAAUGUGACAACUGAAGAAAACUGUUAUUACCAUCUUUUCAACUAUUGUAAAUAACGCGGCUUCUGUACAGAAUUAGUCACAAAUUUAAUUAUUCAAAAGUCCUAUUUUAUGAUCAAUUCAGGAUCUCGUUUCAUGAAAAGAUCGAUUUUGUAGAAUCAGGUAAUUUUAUUGAAUCACGUAAAACCGUGCAUUUUCACUAGAAUCAGAGAAAAAUAUGGACCAAUUUUCUGUUCAAAGAUUGCAUAUCAACACAAUUUUUACAGUUCGCAGAAGCUUUGAUUAAGUCGUACAAAAAAUACUUGGAGCAGUAGCAAUUGUAUUCUAUUUCGAAACCAACUUUGACAUACCGGGUAUAAAUAAAAUUUAAAUUAAAUUAACUUUGACAUACGCCUUCUAAGCAUUUAUUUUAAAUUUUACGAGAUAUGUAAAUUAUUAUUUAGAAUAAUUUUUGAACUGAUGCGUCUUUUUAAUGUAUUCGUAUGCUUUCUCCGAUUUUUUUAUCUCAAUACAAAAUAACUUCCCUUGAAGUUGUCUAGUGUGUAAUAAUGGGAAGCUGAGACAAGAGAGUUGGAGCGAAAAUGAAGGAAAAGGUGGGGAAAAGUGCAUGUUUAUUUUGCUGCAUUUAAUGCCUGGAUUUCAAUAUUUUAUUCCAAUAUUUUCUAUCAGUCUCCGACUCUUCAAUGCACUAGCAGUACCACAUUGAACUGCUAAAGCAACUUAGCAGUGUAACUUAAAUCGCUCCGCAGGCGUUCAAGUUCACUUUUUUUUGAAAACCGGACCUCCGGUUCCGGAGUUACAAUCACCCCGAUUCUGCAAUCCGACGGAUUUGUGAUACGAACGAAUCUACACUCGUUCGAGUUCGAAUUUUGCCUUCUUCAUUCCGUUCGACUUGUAUGAUUCGAUCGGCUCUCGUUCGGGAACGCUUGAAAUUUCGAACACUAUCCAUCAAAGCUGUCAACACUACUUACACGUUCUAUAUUUUUUAUAUUAUUAAUUUCUUAGUAAACGGAGCCAUCACACUUGUGUAAACAAAUUAGAACGAUUCUUAACCGAACAGAAGUAAUACGUACGCAAGUCGAUCGAGUAAUGUUCGAAAAUUGAACAACUCGAACGAAUGAUAUUCGAGUUCAUACCCAACUCGAACGGAAUGCAGAACGGAAAUUGCACAUUCGAUCGGAAUGUUUCGAAUCGAUCGACGUACAGAAUAGGGGUGAAUAUGACGAAUGAAAAAAUUGCAAAUUCGAUAUUUGCUUUCAAUGAAGCCUGUGUAAAGAUGAGCUAAUUUCCCCUAAAUAGAAAAUAAAUUCACUGCCGUACCAUGCAUAGUUGUUUCAUAUAUGUUUAUUGUUUAUCGUCUUCGAUUAAAAAAAAAUAUCGCACAGACUAAAUCUAAUUCUAAAUUAACUCUACUCCUAUUCGUCUUUUGAAAGUGUCCUUACUAGUAAUAAAAUCAAAGAUGUUGUAAACGCUAUUGAAAUGUCGACAGCAAACAUCUAUUGGAUUGUUUUGUCCAUACUGCGUUCGAUGAGCCACAGGUCGGAAAAAUACAGUUCUCCUCAGUGAUCUACCAGGAACGUUGAUAUCUAAUUCGGCCAACAGCACAGAGCAGUCCAUGUUGUGCGAUAUCAAAUCGAAUAUAAACAGUCGCUGCAAGUAUAUUCGCCUAUUUCGUAGAGUGGGAAGAUUGAUGAGAGCGCAGCGAUGAUCAUAGAGAGGAGGUUGUAAACGAUUUUGCCAAGGAAGUUGGCGAAGGGCAAAUCUGAUAAAGCUCUUUUGUAUUCGUUCGAUACGAUCUAUGUAGAUAGAGUGGUACGGCGACCACACAGUAACUCCGUAUUCGAGAAUGCUACGAACCAGAGAGAUGUACAGUGACUUCAGACAAUAGAUAUCCGUAAAGUCGCGAGUAUUGCGUUUGAUGAGCCCUAAUACUGCAUAUGCCUUUGCUGUCAUGGUUGAGUAGUGUUCUGUGAAUCGAAGUUUACUGUCGAGAAUAAUACCAAGAUCCUUGACCGAUGUUAUUCUUUUUAUAGAGACAGCGUUCAUAGUAUAUUCGAACACAAUUGGUGAUCGUACUCGUGCAAAAGUAAUGAUGCUAGAUUUUUCAAUAUUCACUCUCAUACCGUUUUGAUGGUACCAUGUUAGAAUUCUCUCGAUAUCCAUAUGCAGAGCACAACAGUCCACCAGAGUUGUUAUGAUGCGAUAAACCUUUAAAUCAUCCGCAUAUACGACUUUACACGAUGUAAGUCUGUCACAGAGGUCGUUGAUGAAAAGUACAAACAGUAGAGGCCCGAGAUGACUUCCUUGAGGUACUCCAGAUGUAAUGUUGAAGCUUACUGAACACGAAGAACCAAGCCUUACAGAUGCACUACGAUUUGAAAGGUAUGAAAAGAUCCAGUUGGUUAACCAAUCGGGGAAGCCAAUUCUUUUCAGUUUCUCUACUGCAUGUUGAUGUGGAACACAGUCGAAAGCCUUUGAAAAGUCUACAUAUACUGCAUCGACCUGCUGACGUUUUUCAAGUUUGCUAAUAAGCGAAAACACAUAGCUCAUCAGGUUUGUUGUAGUAGAGCGAUUUCUGACGAAACCGUGUUGAUUCAAAGAUAUUAUGUGUUUUGCUGCAGGGUAGAGAAUGUUCAACAGUUCGGCGAAGCUUCCUUUUGAUGUCGGAACAGGAGCGUUGUACGGCCUUCAUGUCAACUUUGCAAAUGCAUCUCUUGAUUCUACUAAUCAACAGUUAGCAAUUCGUGGCUCUCCAGUUAUUUUUGUACAUCAAGAAGCUCAAAACCCCGAAGAAAUCUUUGAUUAGGCGACACUGAGGUAGAUUUAUCGGGUUGUGGUUUUUGGUUACAAAUGGGAUCGAAUGGGUAUUCAGGAUCGAUUGUGUUUUUCGGCGCAAUGCGAUGACGCUUUAUCCGGCCAAAACACGUAUUGUCCAUCAGCAUGAUGUUUUUUGAAAAAAACGGGAUCAAAACUUUCUACAAACAUUGGUACACAUCUUGAUUAAUUGCCAACCCAGAUGGCUUGAACCAUGGCUUAGAAAUGCCUUUCUCGGAAAUGACAAUGUACAGCAUCACUUUCUGUUCAAACUUAUGUUUAAACUAAUAUUUUAUAUUCGGAUGAACAGUAGAACUAUCCGUUGAAUCAACCAGCGGCAUUGGGAAUUCAGCGUUGAAAUCUGUGCGUCAGUAUAUUCCGGGGCUCGUGUCUUCUUUCGGUACUUUAUUUCGAGUCUUUUCAAUGUUUUGCAGAUGUACUGGUGAGAACAGUUUUGCGUCCAUAAUUUUGGCUGGAUUUCCACUACCUUCCUUACGAGCAGUUGUUGGGCAUCUUAGGAUAUUGUAAACUGUCGAAGCCGCAACAUUUUUGCUUUUAAAAUGUUGUACCGUAUACUAUUUGACGAGAUUUCUGUGCAAUUCAUAGAACUGUACAAUGCGCUCGUGAAAUACUUCUUGUUUUGACGGCAUUGUGAGCAAAACUGAGCAAGCAUGAACAAAACAGAAAAUACUAGCAGAAAGAGGAGAAGAGAGCUAACACAUACACACUCUUAGUUCUUUCUGAGCUCGUUUGUUGUUGAGGAUCAGGCCUCGAAAAAAUUCCAAAAUUUUAGUUGCCACCUGAUAAGGGAUAAUUUGAAUUUUUUUACGGAGAAACAGCUUGAGCAAAUUUUUUCAAACUUUUUUCACAUUAUAAAGCAUCAUUGAAAGAAUAUUUAGUUAAAUUACCGUAUAUUAAUAUUGAAAAUUGAGGUGGUAACAGAGUAUUCCCCAAAACCUCUUUUGAGAUUCAAGUUGCGCGGUGAACACGAUAACUCGGCGUAAAAUUAUCUGAUUUCCAAAAUAUUCUUAAAUUUACUUAAAGACCAAGUUUUUUCUCCCCCCUCCGUCGUUCUCAAGUUAUUAUUUUUAUUUUUCAACAGUUACUGGUAUAUUUGAGCAAAAAAUGUGAUCUCACGCUAAAUUUUCCGCCAAUUUUGAGGUGAAAAACUACCAUGACAUGAAAAUAGAAAAAUUUCAAAAACGAAAUAGGAAGGCAUGUUAUACCAAAAAGUAUCUCCAAGUUUGAAAAGAAUUGGUUCAGUAGAUUUUGCAGGAUCGUGUUUACGGUUUUUGAAAAAUCGGUUUUCAGAAAAACGUGUUUAAGUUUUUUUUUUCAAAAAGUCAACUAUUUGUAAUUGUUUUAUUAUUAUCAUUUCAAAUGAGUGAUUACCAAAUUCGCACCCUUUCAUUUUGCUAGUAAAGCAGAAGACAAUAGCACCCAAUCGAUGCCGUUUUAUUGACCAAAUGUCAUCAAAGUCUCGCGGGGAGACAUGAGAUAGGAACUUGUGAACACUUAAAUAUCUCAUCCGUUUGACGACUAUCGCAAGUACCAGAAAUAGUAGUCAAAAGUUCCAAAACAGACCUCAAUCUUCUUUCUCCGAGAUGGCUCAAAAUGGAUUCAAAUGGAAGGUCUUACAGUUCUUUGCAAUUCCAGAAUUAAUUGUUUGGAAUGUAAUUUUGUCGUUUAGAGCGACGACGCAAGAAAGGGAAACAUUCUUCUAAAUUGGGCUCAAAACUGUUCCAAUAAUGUAAGUUGUUGACCCUACAAAACAGACAUUAGCUGUACGGAAAUAGUAGUCAAAAAGUGCCUAAUGGAACUCACUCACUUGAGCUAGACCCUAAUAAAAGGUAUUCCGGAGCUACUAGUUUAUGCUAGUUUACAUCCGGACAAACUUUUCUCUUUCGAUUGAUGAACAGUUUUUUUAGGAAUACAGCAGUAAUAUAUCUGACCCUCCAUAUUAUUUUCUAGCCGAAUCGAUUUCGUUUUGCAAUCGAUGGAAAUUCCUCACCUCGACUAACCUAUGAUUUUCGGCGCGAAUUUUCGGUAACGUUUCACAAAUGGUGCGACGUUUUUUUUUUUUGCUAUCUUUCAUUCAAUUCAUGUGGUACCCAUUUUUCCAUUUUAAGCACUUUUCCCAUAACCCUUAAUAGAGAUAGGAGAUUGCUGCUUGUGACAUACUUAAUGUCAAUUCUUUCUGAAUUUGCGAGUCACCUUCGUCCAAUGAUGCCGGGAAUUUGAUGUCUUCAAUCUUCUAGACGGUCUUCCACGUUCCUCGGUUCUUACAUCAAAAUAACUUCUUUUGAAGUAUUAGAACCACCUCUUGCAUAUUGCUUCCGAUAGAGCAUGAGGACCGAAAGCCUUCACGAACAGUCGAUGGAAUUCGACAACAAAUGUUUAUUCUUUCAACAAGUUUUCUGGAUUCAUUAUUCGAAUUGAUCUUGAAAAUCCGAGAAUUUUAUCUUCAGUCGAAACCCUGAUUAUGUCAAGUGAAGGCAGACGUGUAAAAAUAGAAAAGGCGGCCUACGCUUUUUAGAUUUUAGACCACUGCACUGUACUGUAUUUCUAAGUUUUCUGUGCUUAUUACAUUUACCUAUUCAGACAUUUUUCUCAAGUUAAACUGGCGUGCAUGAUAAUACAACUUAACAGCUUAAUAGCUCCAAAGGCGAGAUUAAACUAAACAAGUAGUAGAGCAAUGCGUAGUGUCUUUUAAAAACAUGAAUCAUUGAAAAAAAAAACGGGUUUCAAGCAACUUACCAAUUUCGGAAAAAACAUCGAUUAUCUGAGAUAAUAGUUUUCUAACAUGGGCUCGCAAUGGUAGCAGUAGCAGUACCGAAAGUAGUUACUUUUUUGGCCAUCGAAAUUAUUCUUUUUUGCGUUUUUAGUUAUUCCCUUAAACACUUAUUCAUUCAUUAAAGAUUUUCUAGCGUUUUAUUUUAAUUGCCCAUUUUUUCGACAUCUUUUAUUCGCUAAAUUUUUUUCCGCUUCUUUAAAUGUUAAUCGAAAAGUUCACAAAAAAACAUUAGGUUUACACACGAUUAUGUCUGUAUCUGUUUUGAAAUUAUAAUUAAUUUUUUGGCAGAAGUUAAACUAAAAUUAAACGUAUGUGAUAAGUGUUUGAUAUGUUCAGUAAAAGAUACAAAGGUAGUAAAACCAAAAAACUAUAAGCUGUGACCCGUUAAAAAGUAGUGUGUGCCUUUCGACGAAAAAAAAUAUACAAUUACAACACAACUAGCUCCGGAUCAGAUGAUCGUUCGAGACGAGCUCUACACUGUCGUGUGUGUGUGAGUGGAUAUAGAAAUUGCUCGUACUAGAUUGCGAGGAAAAUAAAACAAGGCAUGCUAAAGAUCCUGAGAAAUAUCAUAAGGAUAUCCAAGAAAUUCCUACAAAGGAAAUCAAAAACAAUUUAACAAAGAUGAAUAAUCUAAGUGAAAGAGUAAAAUGAAAAAAUAAAUUUGUGAUUUUACUAUUUAAGAACAAGAAAACAAAACAUAAUAAGAUGGAUUUAUUU